CAAUUAAAGUAUAAUAAUCUGGUAAUCUCUCUCCUGUUUCCAUUCAGCUGCUUCACAGUGAAUAGAGCCAGUGAACGAGUAUAGCUUUUGAAAAGUAGGUGAACUCCUGCCUCUUUGUCUGAGCAGUUUAUGUCUAGUCAAGUAAAAUGACAGGCAGAAGAGGCGACUCUCCAAAACGUUGCCCUCAUGACUUGCAUCAUUACUGCUGUUUGUGUAGCUGUGAGAUAACACUUGCUCUUUAUUUCCCUUCCUAGGCUGCGGGUUGGAUUUCUAGCAAGCUUCGCACCACGGAGAAGAGACGAGCUGAUGUGAGCAGGGAGCUAUGGACAUGUCCAUGAUGGGAGGAUGCCGUGUGCCCCAUCUCUUGGUUCUUCUCACGUUCGUGUUCAGCGGGGACAGAACCGAGGCACAAAGAGCAGGUUGCAAGAGUGUUCACUACGACCUUGUCUUCCUCUUGGACACCUCCUCCAGCGUCGGAAAAGAAGAUUUUGAGAAGGUUCGUCAGUGGGUCUCUAAUUUGGUGGAAACUUUUGAGAUUGGCCCAGACAAAACCCGUGUAGGUGUGGUGCGAUACAGCGAUCGUCCCACCACAGAGUUCGACCUGGGGAAGUACAAAACCCGUGAGGAAAUCAAAGAGGCUGCUCGAAAGAUUCAGUAUUAUGGGGGCAACACGAACACUGGAGAUGCUCUCAGGUACAUCACCACCUACAGUUUUUCCAAAGAAGCUGGUGGGAGACUUAGUGAUCGAACUGUUAAAAAAGUGGCCAUCCUUUUGACUGAUGGAAAGAGCCAGGAUUUUGUCUUGGAUCCAGCCGCUGCAGCCCAUCAGGCUGGGAUUAGGAUUUUUGCUGUGGGUGUUGGAGAAGCCUUGAAAGAGGAACUUGAUGAGAUUGCUUCAGAGCCCAAGUCUGCUCAUGUGUUUCAUGUGUCUGAUUACAACGCCAUCGAUAAAAUUCGGGGGAAGCUGAGGAGGCGUCUCUGUGAGAAUGUCCUGUGCCCAAAUGUCCACGUGGAAGGAGACCGGUUCAAACACACCAAUGGGGGGACUGAUGAGAUUCCAGGAUUUGACCUGAUGGACUCCUUCAGUGUGAAGCAGAUUUUUGGAAUGAAAGAAGAUGGUAUUCAGAGUGCUUAUGUACGGCUUGGAAGCUUUCCUGUUGUUCAGAAAACUGAGGAUGUAUUUCCACAAGGCCUGCCUGAUGAAUAUGCCUUUGUAACUACCUUCAAAUUCCGGAAGGCUUCCAGGAAGGAGGACUGGUAUAUCUGGCAGAUUAUUGACAAGUACGGCAUACCACAGGUGUCGAUCCGGCUGGACGGGGAGAACAGGGCCGUGGAGUACAACGCGGUGGGGCUGGCCCGGGACGCCGUCAGGGCCGUGUUCCGCAGCGCGCGCGUCGCCGACCUCUUCGACCGCAGCUGGCACAAGAUGGCCCUCGGCAUCCAGGCCAGGGCCGUGUCACUGUACAUUGACUGCAAGCUGGUGCAGAUGCUGCCCAUUGAGGACAGGGAGAACAUUGACAUUCAGGGAAAGACUGUGAUUGGCAAACGCUUGUACGACAGCGUCCCCAUUGAUUUUGAUCUUCAGCGGAUGGUGAUUUACUGUGAUUCCAGGCACGCCGAGCUGGAGACCUGCUGCGACAUUCCCUCUGGACCCUGCCAGGUCACGGUCCUGACGGAGACACCUCCCCUGGAAGUGAGGCCCACUGUUGGCAGUGAGCAAGUUGGACAUCUCAAGAUUUUCAACUGCUCCUGUCCUCCUGGACAAAAGGGGGAGAGGGGUCCCCUUGGCUUUGAAGGUCCCAAAGGUCAAAAGGGAGAAAGAGGCAUCCCAGGGCUUCCUGGACUCCGAGGAGAGAAAGGAGAGUCAGGCAAAGCUUAUGGCAUAGGAGAAAAAGGAGAAAAGGGUUCCCUGGGCUCACCUGGCCCCCCUGGGAGAGAUGGAGCAAAAGGAGAAGCCGGUGAACCAGGACAGCCAGGAGCAUUUGGACUGCCUGGGCCAGCAGGUCCAAAGGGAUCCGAGGGAAAACAGGGUCCUCCAGGCAUUAAAGGCUACGUGGGUGCACCGGGUCUACAAGGAGAAAGAGGAGAGAAGGGAACAAGAGGAGACAAGGGAGACAGAGGCCUGGAUGGAUUCCCUGGAAAGCCAGGUGUGGAGGGGAAACAGGGCCCUCCUGGCAGCCCCGGCCCUCCUGGUAUUAGUGGGACCAAAGGAGAAAAGGGUGAACCAGGAUUUCCAGGAUUGCCUGGCACUUCAGUGCAUAUUGAAGGCCUAAAAGGAGAGCAAGGAAAGCCUGGGCCACAAGGACCACAAGGUCACCCUGGACUUCCUGGACCUCCAGGAGAGCCUGGUCUGGAAGGCAAACCUGGAGUCCCUGGUUUGCCAGGUCAAAGGGGUAAAAAGGGAGAACCAGGAUUCCCAGGCAUCAAUGGUCUGAUUGGCCCUCAGGGACCUCCAGGGCCCCCAGGCAUUGCUGGACCCCCAGGACCACCUGGGCCACCGGGACUGCCAGGAGAGAUUGGAGUUUCUGGUAAAACUGGACCACCUGGACCAGCUGGGCUGCCUGGCAAAGAUGGGCUCAGUGGGCUUCCAGGGCUUCCAGGUCAAAAGGGAGAACGAGGAGAAAAGGGUGAGGAAGGCUUUCCUGGAAAAGCUGGCCCUAAGGGUGAACCGGGGAGCCGUGGCCAACCUGGUGAGCAGGGUGAAGCUGGUUUUCCUGGUCCUAGGGGUUUACCUGGACUGAGAGGAGAAAAAGGAGACCGGGGAGAAAAAGGAAGAGAUGGCCUCCCAGCAAUGAAAGGUGAAAGAGGAGAAAAGGGUGACACAGGUUCCCCUGGGCCCCCAGGCUUACCUGGAACAACAGCCUUCUUCACCCCACACCCCAGGAUUCCUGGUGAGCCUGGAGCCAAAGGGGACAAAGGAGAUCGAGGAAUGACUGGAGAACCUGGAUUACCUGGGGUCCCAGGUCAGCAAGGUGUGCCAGGACCUGCAGGAGUACAGGGUGCAAAGGGGGAGAAAGGAGCCCGAGGAGAGGCUGGAGCCCCUGGAGAGACUGGUUUGAGUGGACCAGCAGGGCCCCCAGGUCCAAGAGGCUUGCCAGGAAAUGUGGGUGUGCCUGGAGGCCCUGGACUCCCAGGAAAGGCAGGAGAAAAAGGAGAAAAGGGUGAUCCUGGAAAGGAAGGAAAAGUGGGUUUACCUGGGCCACCUGGUGAGCCAGGGCGUGCUGGAGAGCCAGGUUUGCCUGGGAAGGGUAAAGAUGGAGAAAGGGGAGAAAGAGGACCACCAGGCUUGCCAGGACCCUUUGGACAUAAGGGUGAGAGGGGAGCUCCUGGCCUCCCCGGACAGCCAGGAGACAGAGGAGUGCCAGGAAUCGGCCUGCCUGGACCCCCUGGACCUGCAGGACCCCCAGGAGACAAAGGGUCACUGGGUCCCCGUGGUGUACCUGGUAUCCCUGGACCACAGGGGCCUCCUGGCCAGGACGGUGUACCUGGAAAUCCAGGGGAAAGAGGACCUCCUGGAAAACCGGGUUCCCCACCCCUGCUCACUCCAGAGGACAUAAAUCUCCUAGUAAAGGAUGUGUGCAGUGAGUGCCCUCCUGGCCCUCCAGGACUGCCAGGCAUCCCAGGAUUCAAGGGGGACAAAGGUCUCCGAGGACCACCAGGCAGAGAUGGCCAAGAUGGGAAAACAGGCAUUGCUGGUCCCAGAGGCCCUCCAGGCCCACCUGGGCUCGAUGGCCCAAAGGGUGCUAAAGGAGACCGUGGUAUGACUGGGGAAGCAGGAGAAAAAGGUGAUCAGGGCCACCCUGGAAUGCCUGGCUUCUCAGGGGCUCCUGGAAACCCUGGCCCACCUGGAUCAGAUGGGGCACCAGGACCAAUAGGACCAACAGGAAACCCAGGGGAUAUGGGCAAAGAUGGUCCACCAGGUCCACAGGGCCCACCAGGGCUGCCUGGACUUCCAGGCAUUGCUGGCAGUGAUGGCAAAGAUGGCAAACCAGGAUCUCUGGGGGAGCCGGGAAAGCCUGGAGAACAAGGGCUCCCAGGCCGGGAGGGCGCCCGAGGAUUGCCGGGUUUCAAAGGACAGAGAGGAGACACAGGUCCCCCAGGUCCCCGGGGGGAGCCAGGUGUGACGGGCCCUGCUGGUCGUGAGGGGCCACCAGGGAAGGAUGGUGAUCCUGGUCCCAUAGGACCACAGGGUCCUCGAGGACUCCGAGGGCAGCCGGGCAAGAAUGGAGUGCCUGGAUCUGCAGGAGAACCUGGCCCAGCAGGUAUCCCAGGUCCCAAAGGAAAUAAAGGAGAGACGGGCAGCCCUGGACUCCCUGGCUUUAUAGGACCCCGAGGACCACCUGGAGAACCAGGUGACAAAGGACCUCCUGGGAAAGAGGGCGCACCAGGGAAACAGGGUGCCAUUGGCUCCAAAGGAGAGAGGGGCGAGCCUGGCAUCAAAGGUGAAAAAGGCCCUCGAGGAGAAAAGGGUCCUGCAGGUGAUCCUGGGAUACCUGGUCACAAGGGCCAUCCAGGACUGAUGGGUCCCCAUGGGCCUCCAGGAGACACUGGGCAAGUUGGACCUCCUGGUCCUCCAGGACAACCAGGAUUUCCAGGACCAAGGGGAGAACCCCCAUCUCUAGAGACGUUGAGAAGACUCAUCCAAGAGGAGUUAUCCAAGCAGCUAGAUGCAAAAUUACCCUAUAUCCUGGCUCAGAUACAGCCUACACAGGUAAAAGCAUCCCAUGGCAGACCAGGACCUCCUGGUCCCCCUGGGAAGGAAGGACUCCCAGGAAGAACUGGCCCUCCAGGAGAGCCUGGCCGGCCUGGACAGACUGGGUCUGAAGGGCCACCAGGACCAAUUGGUCCCAAAGGAGAAAGAGGAGCAAGAGGUGAGAAAGGAGACACUGGCAUUGGCCAACGAGGGGAAAUGGGUCCUCCAGGAAUUCCAGGCCUCCCAGGGGAGCCUGGUUAUGCCAAAGAUGGGAUGCCAGGACCUCCUGGCCCUCCAGGUGAAGCCGGUGUGCCGGGUCUGGCAGGGCCCCAGGGCCCCCCGGGAGCCAAUGGACAGUGCGACCCCUCUCAGUGUGCUUACUAUGCAAGCCUGGCUGCCCGGCCCUCCAAUGUCAAAGGGCCAUAGUGUGCAGGGAGCACCCCCAGACUUGUUUUGAAAACUUGAAUUCCUCACACCUGCCAAGAGCUCUCCAAUGUCUUCAGCUGUGUUUCUUUCGCGGGAGGCCUUCUAAAGCCAACAAAUGCUGCCGGUCGGUCAGAUUAUUUUUAUGAAUUAUAAUUAUUAUUAUUAUUAUCUUUGAUGUGAUAUGUGAACUUAUUUUUUUGUUUGUUUUCUCUAACAUCAGGGCAUAUUAAAAUGUUAAAAAUAAGUGGGUUUUUUUCCUCUUUUGAAGAGCAUAUAAUAGUAAUGCGUUGUGUGACUGUUUAUGCAAAACCAUUCCAAUGCCAAAUUUUUUAUCUGUUAUCUGAUUAAUUCUUUCUAAAGCUUUAUCCCUCACCGUCUCAACUGAAAUAAAAUCCUGCAGCCUGGGGCAUUAACUGUGACACACAGGCACAGGAUUGUUGGUGCUAUUUGCCAUCUACAUGGAGGGGAGGAAGAUAAAGUCAUACCAAAGCUGGAAAAGGUGUCUCCAGGACAUCCAACUCCCAAUGGACAAUUUUGAACAGCUUGUGCUUUCCAGAAGAUUCCUGUUAAAUUUAAUAUUCUUCUGCUGAUGAAUGAAUCAAUAUUCUAUAGGAGCUACUUUUUCAUGGAGUCAUGUGGGAUUUCAUAGUAAAGGCCUGAAGGGACAACUCUGAAGAUCUAAAUGUCUCUGUACUUGAGAGUUUUGUUCCAAGAAAUGGAACCUACUUACCCCUGUCAGGGAGCUGCCUUUUCAAAGUUAUCCUCUGUCAGGUCAAGGAUGCCAAAUCCCCUGUGCACUGUCAGCACAUGCACAGCUCCCUACCACUGCUUCACCCAAAAAUCAGCCAGAGCAGCAUAGAAAGUCUCCUGGUGUUAAAAACUCAGGAAGCCAACUGUGACCCAAUUCACAGUUUUGGUUGAUCCAUUACGACAAUAACUUGUCAAGCUGUGUUACUUAGAGAGCUGGUGCAUAGUGCAGGCUGGUCUAGGAAGAUGUUGAUCUUUGAUAUAAGGAUCAGAACAAAGAGAUGUUCAGAAACAUGGGGAAAAUUGUGUUUGGGGGUGAAAGCAACAAACCAGACAGUUGCCAUUUCUCCCUAUCAGUUAAUUGCCAAAAUCAGCCUGAGAAUGCAAAGACAAAGUAAAAAGGGGAUGGAGUCUGGAAAGACCUUCACAAUAGGUCAUUUGUGAGCUUAACCCUCUGACCAAGCCUUGCCCACUCACUAAGUGCAGAUCUGGGAAGUGAUCAGGCCUGGGAUAUGUGCCAACCAACAAAGCAGCUGCAUUUUCAAGCCUCUUCUGCACAAAGCAGUUUGUAGUGAGAGAUGGGAGUAAUGGAGCUGACACAGGCACUAAGUGCUGAAUGUGUUUGGGAAUCUCAUCUGCUCUUUUGGAGACAGAAAAGAGGAACCCUGCCCUGCUGACACAUUCACCAUAUGGCAUGGUGCUUCCAAACUGGCCAGCCCAAGCAGAAGCCACAGCUGUCGAUGACCAGCCCAGAAUAAGACCCUGAGGCUGAAGCCCAGAGAUAAGCAUUUGCCAGCCUUGGAGUUUUUUCUCACCCAGUAGAGAUAAAAAUUGCCUCUGCUUUACUGAAAAAUGAAUUUAAAUAACAAGUACAAAUGCCAGGGUUAAACAAAGUCUUUACUGUGUAGCUCUCAAUGGUGCUAUUUUUGCUAUUUCCUAUGCAAAUAAACUCUUUGAUUUGAUGUUACUGUGUUUCUUGCUACGGAAAGACCAAUCAAAGUGAAAAUACCAUGAAGUGAAAAGUUUACCACUUUUAAGUAAAUCUUGAUGGUAUAUCUGUUACUGCACUGCAUCUUGGGUUAGCUUGCUGGAUUUUAGUAUUAAGCAAACAUGUUGAUCACAUAUUCAACAGAAAUAUUUUUCUUAGCCCAGGCUGAGAUUUCAUCCCUCCAGUGGUGAGGCAGAACAGAGUCCCUGUUUGAGAGCACCUCCUAACAUGGGAUGGGACAUUUUCAGUAAAUGUGGUGGUAAUGAGCAGGUGUUAUGGAGGUAAAACAUGUUAACUGGGCCAUGUAAAUGUGACAUUUAAUUCCUGUCAUGAUGGAUCUACAGGCUCUCUCAUGUGUGUCUCAUGUGCCAUGUGUGUCAUAGAAUUCAGUACAUCCUAGUGCACCAUGAGAACGGAAUAGGCAUAAUGAUGUUCUGUUAAACCGAUUUCAGGGUCUUUAACUCCUGUGAGGUCAUAGAAUCAUAGAAUAAUUUGGGUUGGAAGGGAACUCUAAGGGUCAUCUAGUGCAAUCCACAGUAGGUGAGAUGGUGCAGUGACAUCCAGUUGAAGGAGAUGGGAGGGUUUUAGUUUUUUUUUUUUGAUAACCCUUUUUGUUUGAAUGUCUGUGGGAGCCAUUUCCAACAGUCUGUGCUAGGAACACAAGGGACACACUUGCAUCUUUAACAGCAGUUGAAAAAUCAACACGAGUUAGGCACAGACUACAUCUCUGAGCAUUUUCCACCUGUAAAAGGGGACACAGCCUAAUUCCCUUUGCUCCAGCAUAUUCCCUAGCAUAUGGCUAUCUGUUCAGUCUGUUCCCAGAGACACCCCAGACUGUGUCUGUGCCCUGAAUUCAGUGGGUGACAUUUCCCUGCUUUUUUGUAAACCUUGUUUUCUCUGCAGCCAGUUAAAUGACAUUUACCAGGCAGAAUCUGUCGUUAGUGAGCAGAGUACAAGACAUGAGCUGCAGACUCAGAUCAAGACCUGUGUUUGUACUCACCCAGAUUUUAGUCAUCAAAGGGAGGUUUCUAUAGCUGCCACCUCUUACAGAAGCAAGCCCUACAGGAAUGUGCAUAAAAGGAAACCUAGGUAAGAAUUUGGAGGAUUUCAAAAUCUCCACUGUUUUUGCUUCAGUCUGUUUGUGUGUAUUUGCAGUCUUUGGAAAGGUGGCCUGAGAUUACUUUCUAAAGUAGGUCUGCCAUCUGGGAAGCCACCAAACUUACAAGUACAGCCCUGGGCAUGUUCAGAAGCUGCUCUCCAGAAAAUGCAGGUGCCUCUGUACCUGAGCAGGUGACUGUGUGUGCAUUGUCUGUCCAGCACUGUGCAAGGUGAACACACAAGCAGGAAGUGGCAGGUAGGGCAGGGACAGUUCUGGUGGCUCUCUCCUAACCACCCUUGAAUAAAGGAAAGUUGUGGCUUUGGUAUCUCAGUGUUCCUGUCUCUGCAACCAAAUGUGUAGUAAAUCACCAUAAAGUCUGUUCACUGAGUCUGAGCUUUAAACCUGGGAACAGGCUGAUGUUUUGUUGGAUUUUAUUUUGGCCCUGUGGCAAUGUACUGCUAAAAUUGCAUUAGAGAGCCAGACAAUAUUUUAUUCAGAUUUUUAAAAGGUACACAUGGGAUUUAUGGCACCACUGUCACUUGCUAUUUUUUUUCCUUUUUUAAAUAAUGUGUAAAUUACUGUAAUUAUGGCAAAUGGGCCAUUAUUUAAUACAAUUUUUUGCCUGACAAAUUACAAAGACAGAACAAAGCAAUAGGAUCAUUUGGGGAUUUUUUUUUUUUUUUGUGUUAAAUUAUUUAACAAUUUCUACUUGUUUUCUAAACAGUUUUGAAUUAGCUGCUUCUUGGAAGCUGUAUCAAAUGCCUGUAGGGUUUUUUUAUUUCCAGAGAGACAAUAAAAAUACUGUGGCAGCUAAGCCCAAGCUCUAUGCUCUGACCACAGAACUGACUAGGAGAUGAACACAGAUUUUACAUUCUGGGCAAUUAUUAAAAACAAAAAAAAUUGAAAAAUUAAUUUUUUAAAAAAAGUGGAAUAGAGUAUUCUCUUCGUUCAGUCUUUUGAUGUGGAAACUGGCCAAGCUCUGCCCUGUUAAAGAUUUCAUCUGACAGCUUCUGGAGCAGGACUUGGUGCCUAGGAAUGGCUGGGUGUCACCAUCCACAAUAUAUGGGGCCAGAGACGCAGACAGGGACUGGCAGGUAUGAUGUAGGACCUAGGGGAGCCCUUCCAGAGCUUCAGUGGGUGACACCAGGGAAGAGCACAUCAAAUAAUCUAAAAUGUCUGUGUCUGGGUACCUCAGUCCCACGCUCAGUUUCUCACAGGGAGAUUCAGAGUCACAGAACAUAGAACCAUAGAAUGUCCAUAGUUGGAAGGGACCCACAAGGAUCAUCAAGGUCCAGCUCCUUGAGUUUAAGGAGUGUAGCUGUGGCAGCUGCACUCUGGUGGCUCCAAUGAGAGCUGUAGAGCCUGGAGAUCCAUUCGGUUUAUCCUAAAGUAUUCAGCUGCAGCACUCUGAGCCUUGUUGCCCACAUUAACUACAUCUCCAUGGAAAAGAGGUCUUCUGGUAGCUGUCUUUA